AUGUCAGUGGAUUUAGGGUUCAAACGACAUACGUUAUUUUGGGCUAUUAACAAAGAUAUUAGUGGAUUAUUGAAAUCGGAAGAUUUGGGGGUAAUUAAGGAUUAUAGCAAGCAGGGUAAAAAGGGAGAUAUCUGGGACUUCGAAAAGUAAAGAGGAUAUGGUGAUUUCGGGGAAUUCGGUGUAGAAUCGGAGAAUAAUGUAAUUAAAAUGAAUAUUAGGGGAUUUGCGGGGCUUAGUAAAACCGGAGGAUUGAAAGUGAAUAAGGGGUAUAUAACAGAAAAUGUUGGGGAUAAAAGUUGAAUCGGGAAUUUGGGAAAAUAAAGAGUUAUUCCCUUGGUUUGUUGAAUAGGUGCAAAAAAGAAAUUUCGGAGGAUUUUGGGUGAUAAAUGGUAAUAUAUUGGUUUUUGC